UGUAAAUUCCAAAUGACUGAGACAUCGUUUAUCAAUAUCACACCUUCAUCUGUUCAUGGCCAAUUCAGCAAAAAAAAGACAAAAGACUUAUUUUAUUACAAAACAAAACAUCCAAAUCAUAAAAGAAACAAACAAUAAGUUUAUCUGAAAUAUCUAUUUUAUUAAGGCGAAUGUACACAGUUGCGCACGAUGUGAUGUUAUUUGGCCAGGGUUAAAUCUCGGCUUAUCUCGAACUUUACAAGAUAUCCGCUGAAUGAUAUAAGUUGGACUUGAAUGUGGUCAUAUAACUUCUACGGGGAUUGGCCAACAGUGAUGUUGCCAGCUUCUUUUAUCUAAACUUGGAUGCUGAAGUUGUCAAUUUCUUGAAGGCCAUGCCAAGUUUAAGAUGAUCUGAAUUCGCUCGUCGCGCUUUCGGGAGAUGCGAAAACCUCGCACCCCAAAGGCCCUGCCCCUACCUAUCUUCAUCCUCUACCGUGCCACCUUCACAUGUAUUUUCGUUGCCGCGCUAACCUUCGUGGGCCUAAAACACCCCGAGUACACCAUUAUCCUACAUUUCAGCUACUGGAGCCUCGGCCUGACCGCCCUCUACUUCCUGGUCGGGACCCUCGCCUCCCUUUGGCACUCAACUUGCACCAAAUGCAGCGGUAGGGGAAGCUACGGCGCGCUGCUCAACAAAUCGGAUACAUCGUGCGCGUUAGAGCCAUGGGAGGACGACGAAAGCGAGCCGGAAGAUAACGAGCCCAACAUGUUGUCAUGGCAACACGAGGUGCUGUGGGUCCUUCAUACGAUCUCAAUCGACUCGUCACUAGUACUAGUGGUCGCGUACUUCUCCAUGUGGUACGACCCAGAUGUAAACACGGUCAGCGGUCUGCUCGAUAUCCCGCACCACGCGUUUCCCUUCAUUUUAUUGGUAGUUGAUGUCUUCGUGAGCGGGAUCCCUGUGCGUAUUCUACACGUGAUCUACGGUAACGUCUUUGGCGCUGCCUAUGUGGUGUUCUGCCUGGUGUACAUCAUCACUGAAGUCCCGGAUAUGCGAUCGGAUCCCCGCACCUACCCCUCCCUGAUGUUCAGUGAUCGUCCUGUAAUCUACACGGCGUGGUUGUCUAUCUUCAUUCUUGGCGGGUUUUUCGUGUCGCAGUGUUUGUUCUAUUUGUUUUACAAGAUAAGGGUCAGUCUGGCGAUCAAGCCAAACAAACUCUAGAGUUCUGUACGCAAAAAAACAAUAGAAGUUUGUUUGUAAAUAUCCUAUUUAGAAAUACUGUCCGCGUAAAAAGGCAAAUGACAAUGACAGUUCUACGAACGGACGCACAGGCAUUUUGCAAAACCUUUAGAGAUUUUUUCAAAAAGAAAAGGCAGUUGUUUGGCCUCUAGUGUGGUACGCGCACCAUCUCGGCUCGCCCACUCCAAGCCAGCACCCUGCGCAAUGGUGCUGUCUUACGACGCCUACUUAUCACCGUUAAUCUUAUGAAUGAUAAUAAGAACCUUUGGUAGUUUCUUGAUGUUACGGAGCACCAGCACCAAAAACACAAUGGAACAAAAGCCAAAACCAAAGACCUUAGAACGAGACAAUGGAAUUCGAGGUAUCGAGGUAGAUCGAUCUUAAAACUGCCAUUUGCAAAUCACGUUUUAGCUUAGUAAAGAUGUGACAGGUAUUUAUAUAUAUAUAUCGACGCCAAUAUCAAGAAUGUAGCAACUCGAAUAAGGUAUAGUCUAGUACAUCACAUUUAUCCGAAAUGUCACAAGGGAUGCAGGGCACGUAACAUGGGGGAGGUGGCGCAAUACAGAAGCAUUAAGAAAAUAUUGGGGAGGAAGGGGGGGGGGGGCGUACAGCUAUGCCUCUAUUGGUCGUUUUCUUAUAAUUUUUUAAAAUAUUGAGAGGGAGGGGAGGGUACGUGCCCCCAGUGCCCCACCCCUUGCUACGGCCCCGAGGUGGGAGGGGGUUCCUUAUCAAAACGCGUUUCCUAUAAUAUGGGCGCUACUCGCCUCGUGACUCCACAACAUUGUGAUCUUAACACAUUGACCCCUCAACCGGCCUGUACCGGCUUUGAGAAGUACCCACAACCCAAAAGAUUCAUAAAUGCAAACUAAACACGCGUUUCCUAUAAUAUGGGCGCUACUCGCCUCGUGACUCCACAACAUUGUGAUCUUAAGAUAACGCAUAUCGUGGUGUAUUCGCCAUUCUUACGUUGUGCCGCCCCGAUGAUUGGGUCGAAACGAUAAGCGAACAGCAUGUUGGGAUGAUUCGAUUUUUGCGCAACAUAAAGUUGGCUAAUGAUAAAAACUAAAAUAAAACUAUUAGGAAUUUAUUAAAUGAAUUGCAUCUGCUAA